GUCUAUAUGACAAAUGUUCUUACACCAUCCUUGACCGAGGAUGGGUCCUGGGAAUUAACAACAUGAGUGACCAGGGCAAGAGAGACCCCCGUUAUUUUUUUUCCUUGAAGACAGACCGGGCCCGGAAGGUCACCACCAUCACCGAUCAUCGCAGCUACCUCCCAAAUCAAUGGGUCCACCUGGCCAUCACUUACGAUGGACGCCUGAUGAAGCUUUAUGUGAAUGGCGCCCAGGUGGCCACUAGCGGGGAACAGGUGGGGAGCAUCUUCAGCCCUUUGACCUCAAAGUGCAAGGUCCUCCUCCUUGGAGGGAAUGCCCUGAAUCAGAAUUACCGAGGCCAUAUAGAACAUGUCAGUCUUUGGCGAACAGCUCGGUCUCAGAAGGAAAUUCUGGUGGACAUGACCAUGAUGACUCACGAAGUAGAUGAUCCUCUACCUCAGCUCGUUUUUCAGGAGACUUUACUGAAUGUGAAAAGCAUCUGGUCCCCCAUGAAAGACAGCCCAAGUCUUCCUCAGAUCGAAUACAUUUCCCACCCCGACUACCUGUUGGAUACAAGUCUUGAUCCUCCUCCGUGUGGGCAAACAGUCUGUGACAACGUGGAGGUCAUCGCCAGCUAUAACAACCUCCCGAGCUUCCGUCGUAAGAAGGUUGUCCGCUACCGAGUGGUGAACAUCUAUGAUGACCACCAUCGGAACCCAACCAUCCGCCGGGAACAGAUAGACUUCCAGCACCAACAGCUGAAUGAUGCCUUCAGUCCGUACAACAUUACAUGGGAACUGGAGGUGUUGGAGGUGAGGAACUCCACCUUGCGGCAUCGCCUCAUCCUGGCCAAUUGUGAAAUUAGCAAGAUUGGGGACGAGAACUGCGACCCAGAAUGCAACCAUACCUUAACUGGGUAUGAUGGCGGGGAUUGUCGGCAUGUCCGCCAUGCAUCCUUCAACCGGAAGAAGCAGAACGGUGUGUGCGACAUGGAUUGUAACUAUGAGAAGUACAACUUCGAUGGCGGGGAUUGCUGUAACCCAGAGAUAACGGAUGUCACCAAGACGUGCUUCGAUCCAGAUUCUCCGUACAGGGCAUACCUAGAUGUCAAAGAGCUGAAGAACUGGCUCAAUCUAAAUGGGUCGACCCAUCUCAACAUCUUCUUUGCCAACUCAUCCGAGGAAGAGCUGGCUGGCAUGGCCACUUUUCCGUGGGACAAAGAAGCAUUAGUCCACUUGGGGGGAAUUGUGUUGAAUCCUUCCUUCUAUGGCAUACCUGGCCAUACCCACACCAUGAUCCAUGAAAUUGGGCACAGUCUGGGGCUUUACCACGUCUUCAAAGGCAUCUCUGAGAUCUUCUCCUGCAGUGAUCCAUGCAUGGAAACGGAGCCUUCCUUUGAGACGGGCGACCUCUGUCACGACACCAACCCAACACCAACGCACAAAGUCUGUGGCGAUCCAGCCCCUGGCAGUGACAUGUGUGGUUUCCGGAGCUUCCAGAACACACCCUUCAACAACUUUAUGAGCUAUGCAGAUGAUGACUGCACCAACUCUUUCACGCCCAACCAAGUGGCCAGAAUGCAUUGCUACUUGGACCUGGUCUACCAAAGCUGGCAGCCUGUAAAGAAGCCGGCUCCCAUCGCUCUCAUGCCACAGCUGGUGGAUUGGACCAGUUCUUCCAUCACCCUGGAGUGGUUUCCUCCCAUCGACAGACACUUCUUUGAAAGAGUAGUGGGAUCAGCGUGCGAUCUCUGCUUGGAAGACCGGGUCCUGGUCCAGUACGCUUUCAGUGCCUCUUCGCCAAUGCCGUGUGAUCCGUCUGGACACUGGAGUCCCCGAGGCGCAGAAGGCCACCCCGAUGUGGAGCAACCAUGUAAGGCCGACGUUCGGACUUGGAGUCCCAAUUCAGCCGUGAAGCAAAUAGUCCCACCGGCUUGCCCUGAACCCCAAGGUUGCUAUCUGGAGUUAGAGUUUCAGUACCCCGUGAUCCCGGAGUCCUUGACCAUCUGGGUCACCUUUGUGUCCUCCGACUGGGACUCCAAAGAAGCGGUGAAUGACGUCAAGCUCCUGUUGGUCAGUGGAGAGAACAUUUCCCUUGGACCCCAGAACUUCUUCUGUGACAUUCCCCUGACCAUCCGGCUUGACAACAGGAAGGUGAACGAAGAGGUCUAUGGCAUCCAGAUCUACACCUUGGAUGAGCUCCUGGAGAUCGAUGCGGCCAUGAUAAGCUCUCUUCCGCAGAGCAAGUGGUGCGCCGAUUGCCGGGCCAUCCGCUACAAAGUCAUCCGAGACCCUCCUUUCCAGAAGGGUUCUUCGGUCAUCAUCUCGGAUCUCAGCCGGAAAUUUGUGGACACGGAAAUAAGAGCUGGGAGCCUGUACACCUAUUGGGUCUCGGUUCUUUCUGGGACAGAAGAAAGCGAAGCAUCUCCCCCUCUCGCCUAUGUCCAUGGAAGUGGCUAUUGUGGUGAUGGGAUUAUCCAGAAAGACCUUGGGGAAGAGUGCGAUGACAUGAACAAGGUCAACGGAGAUGGCUGUUCCCUCUUUUGCCGGCAGGAGGUAUCCUUCCGGUGCCUUGAUGAGCCAAGCAGGUGCUACUUCCAUGAUGGUGAUGGGGUGUGUGAAGAAUUUGAGCAAACAACCAGCAUCGCGGACUGUGGGGUCUAUACCCCCAAAGGCUUCUUGGACCAAUGGGCUUCAAAUAUCUCAGUCUCGCAUCAGGAUGAGCGCUGCCCAGGAUUGGUGGUGGUAGGCCAGCCAGCAGCCAACCAGGUCUGCCGAACCAAAGUGUCUGACUUCAGCGAUGGGAUUUCUCAGUAUGCUUGGUACCCAUGCACCGCCGUACCAUUUUCUGGCUCCUCCAUGCUGUUUUAUAGCUCAGCAGUACACAAAACGGAUACAGUUUUCUGGCUCAAGGCUCACUUCUCACAACCAAUGGUAGCUGCUGCUGUCAUCAUCCACCUGGUUACAGAUGGGACUUGGGCACAGAUGGAUCUGGAUCAGAAGGAAGAAGCGAUUUUUGUGCAACUCAUCGAUACCAAAAACCAAAGUCAUGACCUUGGGACUCACAGUUUGAGCUGCCGGAAAAAUCCCUUGAUCAUUCCUGUCAUUCAUGACCUCAGCCAGCAUUUCUACCACACCCAGGCGAUUCUCAUCACCUUCGGCUCCCCCUACGUCGCCAUCUCUGGGGUGGGCCUUCGCUCCUUCCACAACUUUGACCCCAUCACUGUCAGCAGCUGCCAGAGUGGACAGACCUAUAGCCCAGCUGAACAGAGCUGUGUCCAUUACUCUUGCAAAUCCACCGACUGCCAAGAGCUGGCGAUUGAGAAUGCCGAGCUGAUCUUCACCAGCGGAGGCCGCAAUAACGGUGCCCAUUGCAACGUCACCUGCAAGACAGGGUACAUCCUCCAGAUACAGAGGGACGACGACCCCGCAAAAAGCCAGUUGGAGGCCAGUGUCACAAUGACGUGUGUGGAUGGGAAAUGGAACAAGCAAGUCUCUUGCGAGCCCAUUGACUGUGGGAUCCCCGACCAGCAUCAUGUCUAUCCAGCCACCUUCAACUGCAGUGAGGGCACCACCUUCGGCAAGAGAUGCUCCUUCGCUUGCAAACCUCCUGCCCAGCUAAAAGGAACUAACAACAACCUGACAUGUUUGGAGGAUGGACUGUGGUCCUUCCCGGAGGCCCUCUGUGAGCUGAUGUGCCGGGCUCCCCCUCUGAUUCCCAAUGCGGACCUCCUGACUGGCCGUUGCCAUCAAGAGAAGCAUAAAGUGGGGGCCUUCUGCAAAUACAAAUGCAGACCUGGUUACCACGUUCCAGGAUCCUCUCGGAAGGCAAGGAAGAGGACUUUUAAGAUCCAGUGUACUCAAGAUGGAACUUGGCUGGAAGGGAUUUGCAUCCCAGUCACCUGCGAUCCACCACCGUCCAAGUUUUAUGGGCUCUACCAGUGCACCAGUGGCUUCCAGUUCAACAGCGAGUGCCGGAUCAAUUGUGCCGAAGACGACAGCCAAUCUGGUCGAGGGAACAACGUGAUCCAUUGCCGAAGAGACGGCACCUGGAGCGGCUCAUUUCACCUCUGCAGAGGGAUGCAAGGAGAAUGCACCCAUCCCACCCAGCUGAGCAGCAGUCUGAAGCUGCAGUGCCCAGAUGGUUACAGCAUAGGAGCUGAGUGUACCAUUUUGUGCCUGGACCAUCACACCGAACCCAUCUUGUUGAGGGCUAACGAAACGGUCAAUGACAUCCAACACUGGAUGAAGCCUCUAAGAGUGAAGAGUGUCAUCUGCACUGCUGAGUUGAAGUGGUAUCCACAUCCUGGUCUGAUACAUUGCCACAAGGGUUGUGAGCCUUUCAUGGGAGAUAACUACUGUGACGCCAGUAACAACCGAGCCUUUUGCAACUAUGAUGAAGGAGACUGUUGCGCCUCGACGGUAAAGACGAAAAAGGUCAUUCCCUUCCCGAUGUCCUGCGACCUGCAAGGGGAAUGCGCUUGCCUAGAUCCUGAAGCCCAAGAGCACAGACAACAGGAUCAUCGGCGAAAUUUCAGCUUUGGAUAACACCUGGCGCCCAAGGAAUGGGAGGAAGACACCGCCAAAGGCAGGCAAGGAAGAAGCAUCAUUGCAUCCCCCCCACUCCCUCUUUUGUUGGUUUUGUUUUCAAACCAUUUCAGCUGCUCAACUCCAAUGGCGUUUCUGCACCAGGGACCUUUAGGAUUCAACCAGUCUGCCUUUACUUUUCUUUUCCCAUGGAGAACUGAUAUAUUUGGGGGAGGGUGGGAGGCUGGCUAUGGUAUUAAAACGUAUUCUACUUGCAAGAACAAGCAAAAAUGACAACAACAACAAAAAAAAAAAACAGCAAAAAAGGUUGAGUUUUAACUGUCCAAAAAGAGAGAGAGAGAGAGAAGAAAGAAAGAAAGAAAGAAAGAGAAAGCAUGCGUUGCGCAGUUCUGCAUCCACCUCGAUUGAACGACGUGCGGUUUAAUUCUUGAUUUGGUAUGUCAUUUGAGGUUCUGUUUUGCUUUUAGUUCCCUCCAGAAUAAGGCAAGAAACAAGCCAUAUAUAAAUAUAUAUAUAUAUAUAUAUUCCUGCUAUUUAUGGAAAGAAAUUAGAGAGGGAGGGACAUACACAAGAGAAAGAGAGAAAGAAAGGAGGAAAGGAGAGUACCAGGGUCCUUGCUCUCUCCAACAUUCAGAUGGAGAAGAGACUGGCCCUUGGGACCCUUCGUGCCAAAUGCUUCCAUCCCCGAAACUUGGGAAGGUGGGGCUCCCAAAGAGCAAUUCGAGGUGGAGUGAGGGAGAAGAAAAGGAUAUUUGUUGGCUUUGUUGACUUGGGAGCAUUUCUUGAGUCGACAACAGGUUGGGAUGAGGGAUGGAAAUGUCUGAGCUGGGGCGAAGGACUGGAGGCACACUGCACCACCACAGAGAAGAGAAGAAGAGACAAGAAGGAAGAAGGAGGAGGAAAAGGAAGAGAAGAAGAAGGUCAACCAAACCUCCAUACUGCUGCUGCUACUCCUGCUGCUGCUAUGUCCUAUACAACUCAUUCCUUUACUGUGUCAGGAACAGGGUGCUGUUCAUUCUCCAAACAACCAAACGGUCUGCCUUAAACCUCUUUACCUACGGCCUGCUUUCCAAACCUCCUUGAGUGUUUUCUUUUUUCCCCUCCUAAGUAUGAUGAAGGCAAGAAAGGUUUGGCCAUAAAUAAGACACCGGCCAGGCCCCAGAUGAACCAAACCAAAACCAAAUGCUCCGAGCAAAAUUUCUGCAAACUAUCCCCACAAAUUGUGCAGGUCUUAUCAGCCGACAGGUCUCCUGUCCUUUUGGUUCAUCUUUUUAUACAGUACUUUAAACAAAGGCAUUUCUCUAGAUCGGUAGUUUCCAAACUUUGGUCCUCCAGAUGUUUCAGACUUCAGCUCCCAAAAUUCCUGACCAUUGGCCAAGUUGACUGGGGCUUCUGGGAGUUGGAGUCCAAAAUACUUGGAGGACUAAAGUUUGGAAUCACAGUUCUAGACUCUACAGCCCUAAAGCUAGGUUGAAAACCACAGAACCUAGUGGCACCUUAAAGGUCAACGCCGUUUGAUUUGGCACAAGGUUUUGUGGCCUCCGUAUCUGAUGGAGUGGUCUGGAAUCCAUGCCAAAUGAAACUUGUUACUAGCCUCUAUGAUGCUGUAAGACCCUUUUGUUGGAAUCCUUUUGGGGACUUAUGCUAGGGGAAACAGAAGUGACGCCAGCCCAAGUAGUCCCCUUUCCAGCAUUGCACAAGGAGGAAUCCAGUAGCUUGUUGUGUGUUAUUUUUGCCCCAGCUGCACAAUGGCAGCCAGAUGACACUAGGUUCAGCUCCAUCCCCUAACUCAAGUAGCUGCUUAUUGGCCAUCGGGGUGUAUAGGGUUGUGUUGGGAAAGCUCCUGGGUAGCCAUCUGGAGCUCUGUGUUGGUCUACUGGGGGAGUAUUAACUCCUCCAGCUCCAACCAGAUCUCUACAUUUGCUAUUUUUUUCUGCAACAAAUGAACACAGCUACUCCAAGAAAGAGACCAUUUCCAAAAUCAACCCUACCUUGUCAGUAUUAAUGUCUCAAUCAGGAUCUCAUUCUUGUGAGAGACAGGGCAUUGGAGGUGACCACCUUUGCCCACCCAACUCUUUCCAUAUUGUUACCUCUGGGCUCUGUCCCCGAUGGCCAAAUCAGCUCCCUCCUUUUCCCCAAGGCAUUGGGCUCUUUGUGCAGUUCUUGCUGCUAGAACCUCAUUGUCUGCACAAUAAGGCCCAUCCUUGUUGAACUUGGAGGGGUGUGAAACCUGCAAAGUUAGUUACAAUGCCCUUUGGCCUUGUUGAACAAGAAAAGGGGGGAAAAAGUGGAGCUAAAGCUUUAGCCUUAAGGGAAGCCUAAUUUAUGCACAUUGCUGUGGGUUUGUUUGUUUUCAAAUAACUGUGGUUCCAUUCAAUUGCCAUGUCUAGAUGCUACGUCGGGAGAGCAUACCGCAACCUUGGCAUUCCAUAUGCUCCACCAACUCUACACCUGACUAAUUGCUCACAGUACAAAGCUGGCCCUAGCACUAGGUAGACUGAGGCUUCAUCUACAAUGCAGAAUUAAUGCAGGGUGGAGCCACUUUAACUGCCAUAGAUCAGUGCAG